UCGGAUGAUCGGUUCCUAUCCAAAAUGAAAAUUGCGGUUCUAUAAAAGUAUCAUACAAGAGCUCAUUAAUCUUCAUCCAUCAAAAAAACAAAGUUUUCUAUAUAUCUAAGAAAAGAGUUACAAGUUUAUAUUUUAAGAGAGUCGAGGAAAGAAAAUGGAUUCUUACCAGAACCAAUCCGGAGUGCCAAAGAAGGGAAUGACUGAGAAAAUCAUGGAGAAACUCCAAGGUCAUCAUGCACCUCAUCACACCGGAGGAGCCAACACUGCUUAUGGUGCUACUAGCGCUGGCGGUGUUCACCACCAGAAGCAAGGUAUGACGGAGAAGAUUAUAGAUCAGGUGACCCCAGGCCAUCAUGGAACUCAUCAGACUGGUUACGGUGCUACACACACUGGCGGUGGUGUUCACCACGAGAAGCAAGGGAUGACGGAGAAGAUCAUGGAGAAACUUCCAGGUCAUCAGGGGUCUCACCAAACUGGUACUCACACGGGUCAUGGUGCUACACACACUGGUGUAGUUCACCACGAGAAAAAAGGUAUAGCUGAAAAAAUUAAAGAGCAGUUGCCUGGUCAUCAUGGAACCCAUCAAACUGGAACCACUACGAGUUAUGGUAAUACUGGAGUUGUUCACCACGAGAAAAAGAGUACGAUGGAUAAGAUCAAGGAGAAGCUUCCUGGUAGUCACUAACUAGAAUCAUUUUAAGUUUUAACAAGUUGUUUAAUUUGAGAAUAAUAUUUAAGUAUCUGUAUUGUAUUGUUUUUUAAUAUGAUGGUUUUAAAUAAAGCGCGUUUAUGCGUAUAUGUAAGUGAUUCGGUCGUUGAUUAAUAUGGAGUUUCCACUUUUGAUUUCGUUUAUAUA